GGCUUUGAACAUAGAACUGAGGGAGCUGGCGGAUGUUAUUGCUAAAUUGCUCUACAUCUUGGAAAGGUCAUGGAGAAUUGGAGAGGUGCCUGAGGACUGGAAAAAAGCUAAUGUCACUCUGGCCUUUGAAAAGGGCAAGAAAGAGGAGCCAGGAAACUACAGGCCAGUCAGUCUUACCUCCAUCCCUGGAAAGGUGAUGGAACAGCUCAUUCUGGAUGUCAUUCCCAAGCAUAUGGAGGUGAAAAAGUGAUCAGGAGUAACCAGCAUGGAUCUACAAGGAGAAAUCCUGCUUAACCAACCUGAUAGCCUUGUAUGAUGGAAUGACUGGCUGGGUAGAUGAGGGGAGAGCAGUGGACGUUGUCUACCUUGACUUCAGCAAGGCUUUUGACACUGUCUCCCAUAAUAUCCUCAUAGAUAGCUACUCUGACUCCUGUCUGACAGUGUUCCUUCUUGAAAUCCAAAUUACAAGCAUAACAUAAUGAUCUCUUCAACUUACUGUAAUUUUACAGCUUCUUGUUUUGUGUCUGUGAUUUGGACCUUUCUCAUGUUACUUUGAUAACCUCGAGCAACAUCAAGUACAUCGAAAAUAUUAUGAGGAGGUAGAAGUGGAAGAAGAACAAUAAUAAAAACACCUUGCUUUGCUUUCUGAAGGAACAUAUAUAUUUAGUUAAUCAAACAAGUGGAAAGAUAACUUGGCCUAGGAGAUGGUGCUUCUUCUGCUUAUCAACAUGAUAAACCAAGAAUUUCAGAGUACUUUGGAACAACAUUUUACUGGAAACCUGUACAGGAAGAGGAAGAAUAUGUUAAUAAAUGUAAUUGCAUUGGAGUCUUUUCUACUCCAGCACGACUUCAAAUGAAAAAUUUCUCGAAGUGUGUUAGAGGGAACAGACUAGAUAAGAAGCAGCUUUGGAUGUGCUUCCGACCUUGGCUUUCACCAAUGAUUCAUUUCCUUGUCAAACACCAGAAGAAAGCCUAACUGGGUAGGCUUGUCCCCCGCUGACCCCAGGGUUUUGAGGCUUAGGCUGGAAUGCUCUCUGGCUCAGGGUUUAACAUUUGGAAUGGAAGCAGGUACUUGAACUCCCUUGAGAAGGAUGGCUGGCAGAUGAAGGAUGUUCCUGUGUGCCCACUGUGUAUCUGGUUAUGGUUCCAGCUAGGAGCAAGAUACGAUUUUCUUCAUUAUUUUAAAUCGCCAGCUUUAAGUUCAAGCACUUUGCAUACAGGCGGUUUCCUUGCUUUGCUGGUCUUUCUGUUUGAUACCCUGGAACGAUGACACCAUUUUUGUGACUGCUGUGGUGGAGGCUCUCUUCUAGCUUCAGCACAGCUGAAAUGGAUGCGAAAAAGGCAGGCAUGCUUCCUGGAGCAGGGGUGUUGGAAAAGCACAUCUUGGACUGGCCAUUCACUUCAUCUGAGAGAAUUUAGGGAGACCAGUACAUUGUCCAGGGAAAAGGAGACUGGACAAGAGCAUUGAGCUCAAUCCAUGGUCCACAGGCCACCAGGUCCAACCAGCCUGUCUUGUGCAAAGCCCUAAAUGGAGGGAAAUAACCCUAAAGGAAGAAGAAGGUGGCUUGUUUUGUAGAGAAAAUGCAGGACUGAUGGGAAAGCGCUAAGCUGAGCAGUCAAUAAAAGAUUACCUGCCUUUACCUACCACUGGGGAGCUGGAGGAGGGAGUGCUUUAACUGAUGCUACUGAGGCUACAUAAUAUCUGAACUUUACUGAUCUUUCCGCAAUGUCAGCAGACAGCCACCGGCUCCACACUCAUUCCUACCAGGAGACGCUAAAUUCUAGCUGUCAUGGUCCCUUGAAUGUCAGCUGUCACCCCUUGUCAAAGAGCUCCUCAAGUCUGGUAUAUACGAGGCACUCAAGUUCAGAGGAAAGGCAAAGCAACAAACAGGAGCUCAAGAAGAGCCACAGUAGCACUGUCUGCCAAACCCUGGGGUACGGGAGUGAUGCCAGGAGCGUGCCAAGUCCUGCACGGUGCUUCACACAGUCUGGGGUGAUGGGACUUGGAUCAGUAGUUGGAACCAUGAAUGAUCAGUCAACUGAUGGCACUGCACAAAACAAGGCUAAGACUACAAACCGUUUUCUUAUUGCUGACCAGUCCCCCAGAUCCUGGGAGGUGGAGGAGACUAAGUGCAUCAAGAGCAGCACUGUUGAGAAUGUUUCUUCUGCCUGCACAGUACACCAGCAAAGCAUGUGUAAAAUGGAAGAACUAGGAGCUGCUCUUCAGAGGAGCCACUCAGACCUAAUUUGCAGCUGCAAACAGCAGAGUUAUGUCACUCACAUAGAAACCAGUGCCACUCACUCCAGCCUAAGCUCUUCUAGCAGCAGAUGUGGUCCAUCAAUGGCUAGAAUGUCUCUCCAAACACAGAGAGGUGAAUCAGAAACAAAUGAAAGUACUCCUCAUUAUCAAAACCCUGUAACUCAUCUGUCAACUCUACCUAAAGACCAGAAAGUACCCACAAAUAGCUAUGACAGUGGUGGUAUUCCACGUAAUACUACUGUUUACACAGAUCCUGGAACAUUUCACGCUGCUGUUCUAGGACCCCACAUGCCUGGAAAUGGUUUCUCAAACAGGACAAUGUUCUGUCAAGGCACUGGGAUUAUGCAAGGUGGUCUGAUUUACAGUAACAUUCGAAACAGUGCAUACUCACCCAUGGUGAUGACAGUUCAUAACAAUCCUGCGGUGCCCUGCAAUACAAGGCAGGACUCUUGUAUGAAAGUAGAUGCCACCAUCCCUGCCUAUUGCCAUUCUUUGCCCAUACCCUCUAUACAGCUCGUUCCACGGUUGGUAUGCUCGGUUAGCGAGUCAGGAGAAGAGCAGGCGGUGACUGGUUAUUGUCAUUCCUUUUCUACUUCAGAUGUUCUCACGUAUCCCAGGCUGGUGUCGUCAGUAAGUGAAUCGGGCCUGGAUGCCAAGAGGGUCCUGAAGUGCUGUAGUGUUCCUGGAGAACAGCUGCAGCAUGCUCAACACUGUGGCCAGCAGGGCAGAGCUCCUCCAGAAACAAAGGCCGUCUGUGUUGCCUUCAAUAGCCAGCAAGGGGCAGACGUGAUAAUGAAAACUAAGGAUAUGUGGACUAUGACCUCCAUGAAUGAUUUGACCAAAGGACUAGAACCAUCUCUGGAGUGUAGAGAUGCCGAGGUACAAACUCUUCCAAUCAUGGAAUACAAAUCUGUGGCCACAAGUCCAGCAGCCACAGCAGAAAGCCAGCUGCAUGUGUUCCCAGAGGUGAACCUGGAACCAGACUCAGAGGCCCCCAAAUCUCCAGUGCGUGAAGUGAGGUGGGAUGAUGAAGGAAUGACGUGGGAAGUGUACGGGGCAUCUGUGGAUCCAGAAGUUCUCGGUUUAGCCAUUCAGAAACACCUUGAGAUUCAAAUAGAACAAUUCCAGACAGAGCCCCUUCAGCUGGCUGGGAAAAGUAAUGAGGAUCCUUUUGAUAAGGAGCCAUCUUCUGCUAAAGUGGGGAAGAAAAGACCGUUCCGAACAAUGAUGCAUUCUCUGAGAUACCCAAGCUGUUGUGCCCGGUCCAGCACUGCAGUGGAGUGAGCACAGCGCUAUGACAGCUGUGCUCCCUUUGAGUUGUAAAUAAACGCUGAUCCUCAAGUGUUAACACAGUGCAUGUGGACAAUCCACUCGCUUCAGUGUGAGCUGGAACGGUGUGAGUGACUAUCGAAUACACAGCACAGCAAGGAAAAACCCGUGCAUGGGCCAUGUAACAGAGGCCCGUAACAUGUAGCAUGUAGCACUGUUUUAUUCUUCUAUGUUAGUUUUAAAUAAUGGUGUAAGAAAUAAGACUACUUUUCUAAAUGA